UGCAAAGAUGGCUGCUGCGUCUUCGUCGGAUUCCGACAGCGGCAGAGCUGAGAGCAAUGAGGCCAGUUCGAAAUGGCUGGACGCACACUACGACCCCAUGGCCAACAUCCACACCUUUUCGUCCUGCCUGGCGCUGGCAGAUUUGCAUGGGGAUGGGGAGUACAAGCUGGUUGUGGGGGACCUUGGCCCCGGUGGGCAGCAUCCCCGCCUGAAGGUGCUCAAAGGACCCACAGUGCUGACUGAAAGUCCCUUACCUGCACUGCCAGCUGCCGCCGCCACCUUCCUCAUGGAGCAGCACGAGCCCCGGACACCAGCUCUCGCACUCGCUUCAGGCCCUUGUGUGUACGUGUAUAAGAAUCUUAGGCCCUACUUCAAGUUCAGCCUGCCCCAGUUGCCUCCAAACCCCCUGGAACAAGAUCUUUGGAACCAGGCCAAGGAGGACCGGAUUGACCCCUUGACCCUGAAGGAGAUGCUGGAAGGCAUCCGGGAGAAGGCAGAGGUGCCUUUGUCUGUGCAGUCACUCAGGUUUUUACAGCUGGAGCUGAGUGAAAUGGAGGCAUUUGUGAGCCAGCACAAGUCCAGGUCCAUCAAGCGGCAGACAGUCAUCACAACCAUGACCACGUUAAAGAAGAACCUGGCUGACGAGGAUGCUGUGUCCUGCCUGGUGCUGGGCACUGAGAACAAGGAGCUCCUGGUGCUGGACCCGGAGGCCUUCACCAUUUUGGCCAAGAUGAGCCUACCCAGUGUGCCCGUCUUCCUGGAGGUUUCUGGCCAGUUCGAUGUAGAGUUCCGGCUUGCCGCUGCCUGCCGCAACGGGAACGUCUAUAUCCUGAGAAGAGACUCCAAGCACCCCAAGUACUGCAUCGAGCUGAGUGCCCAGCCUGUGGGGCUUGUCCGGGUACACAAGGUCCUGGUGGUGGGCAGCACCCAAGAGAGCCUGCAUGGCUUCACCCACAAGGGUAAGAAGCUGUGGACAGUGCAGAUGCCAGCAGCCAUCUUGACCAUGAACCUCCUGGAGCAGCGCUCGCGGGGCCUGCAGGCCGUCAUGGCUGGGCUGGCCAAUGGAGAAGUCCGCAUUUACCAUGAUAAGGCCCUGCUCAAUGUCAUCCGCACCCCGGAUGCGGUGACCAGCCUUUGCUUUGGCCGCUACGGGCGGGAGGAUAACACCCUCAUCAUCACUACUCGGGGCGGUGGCCUGAUCAUCAAGAUCCUGAAGCGUACAGCAGUGUUUGUGGAAGCAGGAGGUGUGGUGGGCCCCCCACCAGCCCAGGCGAUGAAACUCAGUGUGCCCCGAAAGACCCGGCUUUAUGUGGAUCAGACACUGCGAGAGCGGGAGGCUGGCACCGCCAUGCACCGGACCUUCCAGACCGACCUCUACCUGCUGCGCCUCCGGGCCGCCCGUGCCUAUGUGCAGGCCCUCGAGUCCAGCCUGAACCCUGUGUCUGUGAUGGCCCGGGAGCCCCUCAAGCUGCACGCUGUGGCCCAGAAACCAAGCCGCAGGGUGGGCCAUACUCUCCAGCUCCUUUGGCCCGUGCCGUGCCUCAGACAAGCCCCCAGAUCUCGGGCAGGGCACGCAAGGAGUCGCCUUGGGACGUUUCUUCCCAGGACUGGAGGGGCUCUCACAGCUAUGGUUCAGGGCCUGGGCCCCACCUUUAAGCUCACACUUCACCUGCAGAACACCUCAGCAGCCCGACCCAUCCUGGGGCUCCUGGUCUGCUUCCUGUACAACGAGGUGCUCUAUGCCCUGCCCCGGGCCUUCUUCAAGGUCCCCUUGCUGGUGCCAGGACUCAUCUACCCCCUGGAGACCUUUGUGGAGAGUCUCAGUGACAAGGGCAUCUCAGACAUUAUCAAGGUGCUGGUGCUUCGUGAAGGCCAGAGCGCACCCCUGCUGAGCGCCCAUAUCAAUAUGCCUGUGAGCGAGGGGCUGGCAGCUGCCUGACCCCCGGACUGGUGUUGAAGCCCCUGCGGAAUCAGGACCAGGAAGAUCCAGCCCUUUGCAGUGAGCUGGGCAGAGCCAGUGGCCCCAGGCCCAUUCCCCGAGCAGCAGUGUGUUGGGGCUACAGUUUCCUUCUCCUCUCCUCUAAGUGUCUCCUUUCUCACCACCCUGACUGCUGGGUGACCUAUAGAAGCAGUGAGGUUCAGCUCCUUCCCCCUCAGGAAAUCACAGGGAACUUCUCUGCAUCUCCCCACUUUUCUCCAGAAAUCACACCAGGUCCGAAGGAAGCUCUCUAAAGUGGUUAAUGUGUGAUGAGGGGCAUAGGCCCAGCCUUCUCCUUUGCUGCUUUCCUUUGUUACAUUACUCGUGUGUGGCUGCAGGCCCGGGCCAGAAUUGGCUAUGGCCUGACCUGGGGCAAUCAGAGGCUUUUCUUGGGCAAGACUGAGCCCCCUGUUGCUGCCUGGGGUUCCAGAGGCUUGGCUGAUGCUAGCUCAGCUUACAGGCAAAACACAUGCUCUGAUCUCUCCUUGUGAGCUAAACAAGGGACCCCCUCUUGCUAUUCAGGGGGCCCAGGGAAUAGCUGCCUCCCCACAGGGGGCUUUCCUGAAAUUUGGGCUCAACCAAGGUCUCAGGCCUGUGAUGCUCCAUGAAGGUUGCCAAGAGAGGAACUGGUGCAGGAAGGCAUAGAGUGCCCAUGCAGGGAGCUAGUGACCCCCGCCCCCCACCCGACUUCUGAAGACCACACAGCUUCUGCCCCUCACUUGGAUUUUAUGCCCAGAAAGGGCAUCCCCGGAGAGGAAGGCUCAGUUAGAGCAGAGGUGGGGCUAGGGUGCACAGGAGAGGUGUUUCUGGAAUCCUGGGGAAGUGGCACAGGAAGCAGAAGCCCGGAACAGCUCUUCUAUGCCCUGGAGCCCAGAUCAGUCACGUAAGUGGGACGUUCACUGGGCAGGGCCAUAGUGUGAGAGAAUGAGCUGGAAAAGCAUGGACCAGAGGCGUUGAGUGAGGCUUAACCCUGAGGGAAGGUACGUGUUUAGACCACAGGGACCAGAGACCCACAGUCCUGGCCUUCAGUGCCUCCUGCAGCCCUGGCCGGUCUGCCUGGCCCACUCUCAGCCUCUGUUAGGCUCGUGCUACCAGGGCCACUCUGAGCCACUUGUGAGCCAGGAACCCUGCACAGGAAGCAGAAGCCCGGAACAGCUCCUUGAGGACCUGUAUCUUCCUCUGACCAGGCGCAGCCUAGCAUGUGGUAGCUAUCUCAGGCUUGUAGGAAGUAACCAAAUCCUUCUGGGUUAGUUUCCCCACAUGUAAAAUGAGGCAGUUUGGCCAGAUUCAGCUCUAGCAUCCUAUGAGCUGGGCAGCCCCUCUAGAGGAAAUGAGGAGACGACUCCAGAAAGGGGAUAUUUGACAGGAGUAACUGCAGAGCUUUUGCCCUUGAUACCAAGGGCCCCAACCUAACUGCCGUGGCCAGGCAAUAGCCUCUGUGUCCAGGACACCAGUGAGAGAUUGGAGUGACACAGCUCACAGCCCACUCCCUAACUCUUCCAAGGAGUGCAUUCUGGGGCCAGGUUAAGAGAAGCCUUGGGGGAGGGGGUGGCUCAGUUGGCUGAGCGUCCUACCCUUGAUCUCAGCUCAGGUCUUGAUCUCGGGGUGGGGAGAUCAAGCCCGCGUUGGGCUCCGAGCUGGGUGUGGAACCUACUUAAAACGAGAGAGAGACAAAAGCAUGGGGUCUGGACCAAAGAAAGCGCCCACCCCCCUCCUCUGUGCACAGUCUGGCCACUCGAAGACAUCAAUCAGUUGGAUCAGAAUGGUGAAGGGUCUCUAGAUCAAGCCAAGUGAGGCACAGUUGGAACAAGCAAGAGGUUUAACCUGGAAAUGGAAAGAAUAAUAAAGGGAGUGUCACUGUCAGUCAGAGAGAUUGCAACUUAACCUGAAGAACUUCCUGAGAGAGCUUAUCAGAGGUGGAAAGGCCUGCCCUACAAGGUAAUGAGCCCCUUGUCACUGG